AUAUAAUGAACAAAACUCCAACACCAACCAAUUCCUGCUACCUACGUCUCCAUUCAUAGUCCCUGGUCCUCCCUCAAUUUUAGAAACCAAGUUCCAAUAGUAACAACCUUAACAAGAAAGCCUUCUCUUCAGAACUUCAACAGCUUUCCCCGCUGUUUCAUCAUAUGGGUGUCUCCAAUUUUUCAUCUUUCACUGUAUAAGCAUCACAAACCUAUGUUCUAGCAAGUUUUCAAGCAACUUUCUGUGCCAAUAUUCAAUGGAUUAGCCAUGUAUAUAUUUAUGCUAAGUUGCUAACUUUAUCCUCUCAUAUCCAAAAAUUCAUGGCACCCUCUAUUUUCUUCGUUCUGCUAUCCCUUCUGUUGAUUCCAGCAAGUGGUUAUGUCCAACUCUAUGAAGAUGGUUUCAUCUCUGGGGUCAUAUCUGAUAAGGGUCUCGAUUUUGCGAAGGAUUUGCUGAUAGAGAAAGGUAUUGCCUCUCUUGUUCUGCUUCAGCUGCCAGAGAUUGAAAACUCUGCCAAAGUCCCACUUGUUGGAAAUGCUAAAGUGGUUCUUUCUGAUAUCACAAUCAAGGAUAUUCAAAUCAAUUCUUCAUCUGUUAAGACUGGAGAGAGUGGCAUCGUUCUAGUCAUUUCAGGUGCCACUGCAGAUUUGAGUAUGAAGUGGAGGUAUUCUUGCAGCAGUUGGUUGAUCCCAAUUGGGAUUUCAGAUAGUGGAACUGCUUCAGUGAAGGUUAAAGGCAUGCAAGUAGGGCUUACAGUAAAUUUAAAGAACCAAGAAGGAACUCUUAAGUUGAGUCUCUUAGAUUAUGGAUGUUAUGUGGGAGAUUUAUCUAUAAAGUUGGAUGGCGGAACAGCUUGGCUUUACCAAUUGCUAGUAGAUGCUUUUGGAGGGAAUAUUGCAUCUUCAGUAGAAGAGGCUGUUUCGGAGAAAAUCAAAGAAGGGAUAGCAAAGCUUGACAAGUUUUUGCAGUCUCUUCCAAAGCAAAUCCCACUAGACAAAACUUCUGCACUAAAUGUUUCUUUUGUCGGCAAUCCUGUGUUGAGUAAUUCCUCUAUAGCUAUUGCAAUUAAUGGUUUAUUCACAGAGAGAAGUGAAGUUGUAGAAUCUGAAGGUUAUAAGAAAGGAUUUAAGAUUUCCUCUGCCUGUGGUGGUUUACCAAAGAUGAUAAAGGUUUCACUACAUGAAUAUGUGAUUCAAUCUGCUAGCCUGGUUUAUUUCAAUGCUGGUAAAAUGCAAUUGAUUAUCGAUGAACUACCUGAUCAGGACAUUUUGAACACUGCUGAAUGGAGAUUCAUAGUUCCUCAAUUAUACAAACAAUAUCCAAAUGAUAACAUGCAGCUUGAUAUCUCUGUCUCUUCUCCACCAGUCAUACAAGUGACCUACCAAGAUAUUGGUGCUACUAUUUCUAUAGAUAUAACAAUUGAUGUUCUCAAAGGCGGUGAAGUCAUACCUGUUGCAUGCAUCUCAGUGGAUAUUAGUGCUUCAUGUGCUGCGGAAAUUGUAGGAAACAAUAUUGCUGGUAGGCUCAGAUUACAAAAUUUGUCUACAUACUUGAAAUGGAGCAAAAUUGGGAAAUUGCGCGUGCAUCUUAUUCAGUCACUGAUGUCAAGUGUCCUCAAAACAGUUAUCAUACCAUACCUGAACUUCCAACUAAAGAGAGGAGUCAUGUUGCCAUAUAUUGAUGGAUUUGGGUUUCAGAAUACUACUAUCUUGUACACACCUCCAUGGAUUGCACUGUGUAGUGAUGUUUCCUUCAUAGGAGACUACUAUCUUAAUCAACAGUCACCUUUUGUAUCAUAAAACUACUCUGGAAAAUUUGCUUGCUCUUUUUUUUUUGGGUAAGAUGUAUGUAAAGUUGAAGAAUAUACACAUGUAAAUAGCGGUGUUUAUCGGUUUGUUUCGAACCGGUGAAACCGAUGAUCCAAACCAAAACCAAUUUACCUGGUGUUGUGAUAUCAA